AUGUCAAAUGAAUAUUUAAGUAGACCAUUAUUACCAAAACCAUCAUCAUCGACAUUAAAUGUACCAACAACAGCUAUAUCUUAUGAGAAUGUAAAUUCAGAAAUACAAUCUAUAAGAUUAUCAUCUCCUGAUCAAAAAUCAAUAUUUACAGCAGCACCAACUAAUAACGAAGAAGAUGAUCAAGAAUCAACUAUAGAUCUAAAUAUACCUAAUGUAACACUACCAAACACAUCUAAAUCAAUCACAUUCCUAAAUUUAUUUACGAACCCAGAACAAUUGUUUCCUGGCGAAUUUAUAAAUAAGUAUUUGGACUUAGAUAAAUCAAAUAAUUCAAAUUUAUUUCAUUGUAAAUUGAAACAAUUCUUUGUUUUUUCAUCUGCUGGUAAACCUAUUUAUUCAAUGAAUGGUUCUGACGAUUUAGUAUUGGGAUAUAUGGGAAUACUCACAACUAUAAUUUCAUCAUUUCAAGAAAAGAACAAUAAUCAAGACCAAUUAAAAUCAAUCACAAUGGGAGAUACUAAGAUCAUUGUCCUUAAUAAAUCACCAAUCUAUCUUAUUACUAUCUCAAAAUUGAGUAACGAGACUGAAUCUAUGUUAUCUGGUCAAUUGAGUACACUUUAUGAUUAUUUAUUGGCUAUUCUUUCCAAACCUGCAAUUGAUAGACACUUCCAAAAUAGAUUAAAUUAUGACUUACGUAGAGUUUUGAAUCCACUUGAUUUUGAAAAUCUAGAUAAGUUAUGCAUGGAUUUAACGUAUGGUUAUAAUUUUGAAACUUAUAUUAAUCAAUUACUUUCUGCACGUCAGAGUAUCAAAAUACGACAUACGUACAAGACCAAAAUCAAUAAAUUAAUUUCAGAAUAUAAAGACGAUGAUCUACUAUUUUGUAUACUAAGUUAUAAUAGUCAGAUAAUCUCAUAUGUGAAAUUGAAACAUCAUGUACUAGGUAAUAAAGAUCUAAAUCUACUAUUUUUCAUUAUUGAUUCAUUGGAGAGUACAGAAGAUCUUUGGAUACCAUUAUGUAUGCCAAGUUUCAACAAUACGGGUUUUUUAUACAUUUACGUCCACAAUUACAACAAUUAUAGAAUAAUAUUAAUAAGUGGGAACAAAAAUUCAUUUUACAAUUUGAAAACAAUAGCAAGUGAGAUCAUCAGAAGACUAGAGAAUAAGAAAGAGUUACUUAAUGGAUUGAACACGGAGGUGACUAUACCUUUAAGUGUUGAAAUUCCAUUUGUUAUUAGACAUUUCAUAUACAAGGAUGUGAUGUUGGAGCAGUAUGUAAUGACUGAAGUAAGUGACAGAGAAUUGAUUCUAGAGUUGAUUCACUAUUACAGUUCUUUAAAAUAUAAUAAGUCAUUGAUUGUAGCUGAUCAAGGAUUGAAUUAUAAAAAAAUGUCAUAUUUUAAAUUUGGUAAUGUUAGUGGGUUGAUGAUUUGUGAUUUGAAUUAUGUAUAUUAUUGUAUUAGUAAUGAGGUUAUUCUGUCUAAGAAGUUGUUACUGUUGAGUACUAGUAUUAUUAAAUGGUGUCAAAAGAAUAGAAAUAGGUUAUUUUUGACUGUGUAAGAAUGCAGUAAGGAUACAAGUAGUAGAUAAGGAUACUUGAGAGAUUACUGCAUUAUGAAUGACUUUUUAAAUUUCAAAGAGACUGUUGAUUAGAAGUAAAAGAAGUAUGAUAUUAUGCCGAAAUGAUAAAAAAGGUUGGUUUUGACUAUGUUAGAUACCAAAUACCAGAUAAGGGUACAAGUUUUUGAUAAAUGGGGAUGCAUAUAAAACAUUAGGAUGUUAUGAUAUAUUAUAUAAGGGGGGGGGGGGGGGGGAUUUCGUACAAGUCAUCAAAGGUUUUUUAUGAAAUCGAUGCAAGUGGACCAGAAAGUGCAACAACUGUCGCUUCUGCUGUCGCAGGAGGAACUACUCCAUCUGAAGAUCUAGAUACACCUCCAGAAAGAAGAGCUAAAGCUGUAUUGGAAGUAAAUCAUGAUAUGAAGCUACCUAAAUCAAUUUAA